AUGGAGCCCGAGGGCACAACAACAACAACAGCAACGACGCUGACAUCUCUACCCCGGGAAAUUUUCUGGAUGGUCUUCAAGCAGCUUUCGCCCAAAGACAUCAUAUGCUGUCGCCGGGUCUGCAAACUCUGGACCGAGGCCUUUAGCAGUCCGUUGUAUCUCAUCCCGCUGUUGAGGCGGCUUUUCCCUCGAGCCCGAGAGGUGCGGGAACUCGACCACGAAACGGACACGGACGAGCCGCCGGCUGGAACAGAGGACAGCGAUCAUUGGCGCCAACUCUUCGACCGGGUUGCGUCUCGCUACGACCACCUGCGUCGCGGCCAACCGCAAUCCGUGCAGAAGUACCGCUUGUGUGAUGAUUUUGGCGCGACGGGCGAGCGCGAGUGGUUCCCGAUCCAGCCAUGGGAGACGCACGCCAGCCAGCUCGUGCAGCGCGUGGACUGCUUGUUCUCCGAGUCUUUCUGGUCCUAUGAAGAAGGGCUGGUGGUAUAUCCGAGUGCGGAUCAUGCGUGCUUGGUCCUCCUGGAUUUGGACACGAGCCGCCGGUUCAUGGUGCCGUUCUUCAUCAUGGGCAAGGUGAUCCGGCGCAUUCGCCUGCAGCGGCGGGUGCUUGUAGUGGAAUGGGCGGAGCCUAAGGCCUUCCACUGGCUCAAUGACAGUGACGGCGUGCACCGGCAUUUCGCCUCCUCGUUUGACGUGACCCAAUCGCCCGCUACCGGCACCUGGAGCAUCACCUUCCGCAAUGAAUGGAAGAUCAUGUUCCUCGGCCAUCCGCUGAGUGAGCGAGACCGCUUCUACUCGACCCACAGUAAGACGCAUUACGCGAUCUACAUCUGGCAGCCGAAUCGCAGCCUGUACACGGCGGACGACGACGCCCCGAUCGAGUCGCUCUCGGUUUGGGAUAUCUCUCGACCCUCGUCGUAUCGGCCCUCGCUGGACCCAACGGGUCGCCUGCGCGAGGAGACUGAGGACCAGGGGCCCCCGAUCGUCACCCGAUUCGGGUUCAGGGAGCUGGGCUUCUACUCCGUGCGCCAACGCGGCCUUCCGGGGGUGCAGUGUCUGAGUAUCACGGAAGAUGAUCACUCCAUCGAGAUCGUCGAAAGUCGAUGUCCCGAGCCGCAGGUUCGGAGAGGCCCAGCGGACUGGAUGACGGAGGUGCGCGUCACGACCAUCCCCUUGGUUGGUGAUGGUCCGGCUUGGAGGAGGUUCGUGGACGUAUCACUACCUCCUUAUCGCGGUAACUGCAGCUUGCAAACGGCGCCCGUUCGAUCCUCUCCGUGGAAUGAGCCAUCGUAUGCCAUAGUCUCGGAGGCGUACGACGAACAAGCCCAGGUAGGUUAUAGCUUGUACUUAUCUUCCAUCCGGUGGCCGUUCGACAUGCGCAUGCUCCUGAGUAUCCAAACGCCCACCUCAACCACGAGACUCACGCAGGAUGAAGCAUUUGAGCUCACCGGCAGAGGCAAGAUUUACGGGAAUGAGAGGUACAUAGUGGGCGAAAACGGGAAUAGGGAACUGGUUGUAUUCAGAUUUGAUAGAUAG